UCCGUUGACGGUUACUAAAACAACACCCGGCUCUGACAGCUCGAGAACGUUGAGCAGCCUUCGACAGUUUAUAAAAAGAUAACAAACCAGUGCCAAAACAAAUAAUUGCAAAUAAAAUUUAAAUCUCUGCUAACUUGUCAUUUAUUGAACCCAAAGAAGAAAAAUGCACUCCUUACUUAUCCUAGCCGCUCUUAUGAUUUGUUUCGUGGCUUGCAGCUCAGCUGCCACCAUGCCUGACUAUAUCCAGGUGUGCCACCGCGAUGAUCCCGAGCUUUCAAAGUGCCUGAAGAGAAGUGUCCACAAUCUGCGACCCUAUUUGGCCAAAGGCAUUAAGGAAUUAAACGUCCCACCACUAGAGCCCCUCUAUAUUGGAGACCUCAACAUUUUGGAUGGCUCCGGUGGUCUCACGGUUAGAGCCAAGAAAAUGAACAUCCUGGGGGCCUCGAACUUCGAAAUCACUAAGUUGCGAGCAUCCACCCAAAAUCGUCGUUUCGACUUCGAGUUGAUUCUCCCACAUCUCCACGGAGAAGGGCUCUACGAAAUCAAUGGCAAUAUACUGGCACUUCCCAUCAAAGGUAGUGGACCAUUCACUGGAAACUUUACCAACUUUGUGGCUUAUGUUCGCGUUCAAUAUGAUAUCAAGACCGUUAAUGAUCUGGACUACCUGAAUGUCAAGGAGUUCGCUUUGAAGAUCCGCACUGGCAAGGGAAAUCUGAAGCUGGAGAACCUUUUCAAUGGAGAUAAGGUGCUGGGCGAUGUCAUUAAUGACACGAUCAACCAAAAUUUCGAGGUCUUCACUAACGAUCUGAUCGCACCAAUUGCCCGGGCUCUCGAGGCCAACUUCAAGGUCAUCACGUCUAAAAUUCUGGAAAACUUCACCUACAACGAACUGUUCCCAGUCUAAUUGGGCAGCUAUGUGGCUAGAAUUAAGCUUGUGAUACACUCAAAUUGUUUUAAUUAGUCCUAAACUAUUCAAUAAAUUAUCUAAUUUGAA